AUGCACGAGGAACGGUUGUAAUUGCCGUGUUAUCUCACGAUGACUUCGUGACUUUGUGCUUGUAACUUCUAAAAUCUAAGUAGCAUUAGUUUAUAUCCAGCGUGAUGAAGUUGAUCGUCGCGAUCGUACUCUCUAUCGUCUGUGUCCUCUGUGCUGUGAAGCAACUGCAGUGCGCCAGGAUCCUAGGUAUCGUUCCAACGCCAUCGUACAGUCAUCAAAUCCCAUAUAGACCGUUAUGGAUAGAACUGAACAAACGUGGCCACGACGUGGUGCUCAUCACGCCGAGUCCCAUCCCCAACUUGAAUCUAACCAACUUCACCCAGAUCGACAUUGGCGAAUCCUACGACAAGUUGAGGUCCAUUAAUUUCAUAAAUCGACGAUUCAAACAGAAUGGCUGGUUAGAUUUCGUGUACGAGAUUCUCUUAAAUUACUGUGAAAAUAUUGCACACCAAGUGCUAAAUCAUACGGAAGUGAAGAAGCUCUACGACCCUAGCAGCGACGCCAAAUUCGACAUGGUAAUGGCCGAGACUCUCUACUCGCCCGUUAUGCACUCCUUCGCAUACAGAUUUAACACGCCCAUAAUAGGACUCUCCUCGCUGGGGAUCCUUGGAAUCACAGAGCACUCUCUCGGUGGUUUCAUGCUACCUUCGCACGAGUACACGUGGGAAAUGGAAGGACACACAGGAUCAGACGUGUCGUUUUGGAGGAGAUUACACAAUUUUGUGGCAAUGUGGUACAACGUCAACUUCCUCUAUGACAACCUAUACACUAGUCAACAUAUCAUAGCCGAGAAGUAUUUCGGAAUACGUUUACCGCCCCUGAUCGACAUGCUGAAAAAUACUAGCAUGUUGUUCGUCAAUCAGGCUGACGUUAUGACUCCAGCUAGGCCGAAACUCCCAAAUGUGAUCACUUUCACCUCGUUCCACGUAGACGAGAUCUCGAAACCUCUGCCAAAGGAUUUAGAACGCUUCGUGGAUGACGCACGCGAAGGAUUCAUCUAUUUCAGUCUAGGUAGCAACGCGUUGAGCUCAGAUUUGCCGAGGGAAACUAUGCAGGUUUUCCUAGACGUGUUCGCCAAGUUGCCUUACAGAGUCGUGUGGAAAUUCGAGACAGAGUGGCUGGAUAAACCUGACAACAUCUUCACCGGGAAAUGGUUGCCUCAGCAAAGCAUUCUUGCACACCCGAACAUCAAGCUGUUCCUUUACCAAGGAGGACUGCAAAGCAGCGAGGAAGCUGUUCAUUUCACGGUACCUCUUGUAGGGUUUCCAGUGUUGGCGGAUCAAAACUACCAAGUGCGUAGAAUGGAAGCCCUUGGUGUUGGAAAGCACUUAGACAUUACGACCGUGACGAGAGACGAAUUAGAAAGUGCCAUUCGAGAGCUCAUAAAUGAUAGCAAAUAUAAAGAAAACAUGAUCAAGCUAAAAAAGAUCGUCAAUGACAAUCCUUACGAUUUAGUGGAGCAUCUAUGUUGGUGGACAGAGUACGUGAUUCGUCACAAGGGUGCACCGCAUCUGCGUUCCAGCUUGGCUGAUCUGUCAUGGCGCCAUCGUAACGACAUAGAUGUCGUAAUGUUUCUGACAAUCAUUGCGUUUAUAGUAAUUAUAAUUGUGUUUAGAAUAACUGUCAAAAUAAUUAUGCACUUCGGGACGGGAACAAAGUCUAGAAAUUGGAAACAGAAAAAACUGGCCGAACGUGGACACGACAUUGUUUUAAUCGGCACGAAUUACAUGAACGACUUAAAUGGGACGAAUAUUACUCAAAUCAUAGUCGAUUCACCUCGAGAUCUCAUAGAUAAACUGGACUAUAUUAGUUUCCGCUUUAAAGGAAUAUCGUGGAUAACGUUUAACGAAAGAUUCCAAGGCGAUUUGGGUACCAUAUUAUCGGAAAACGUUUUCGAAAAUCCAGCCGUGAAGAAACUGUACGCGCCUAAUAGCAACGAGAAAUUCGACUUGGUUAUGGCAGAGCUCCUAUGGACUCCCUCCCUUUUCGCGUUCGCUCAUAGAUUUAACGCGCCUCUGAUAGGGUUGAGCUCUCUGGCAAUUCCUAUGUUCCACGAGUACCUCAUAGGUGGGCUUGUACUACCGUCUCACGAAUCUACGUGGGAAAUGGAAAAAAAAGUUGGAUCGAAUCUGUCCUUCUGGCAGAGAGUGCAAAAUUAUUUGAUCGCGUGGCGCUUGGUAUACCUUUCCUAUCGGGAUCAAAUUUUACCGCAGCAAACGCUCGCUGAAAAAUACCUUGGAAAAGAUAUACCGCCAUUGCAAGAUAUAAUAGCGAACGUCAGCGUUGUAUUCGUGAACCAGGAUGAAUACAUUUAUCCAGCGCGACACAAGUUACCAAACGUGAUCCCGUUCUCUACGUUACAUAUUUCUUCUAACCUGCCUCCAAUGUCAAAAAAAUUAAAACGUUUCGUGGACAACGCAAAGAAUGGCUUCGUCUACCUCAACUUUGGUACCAACGUAAAGUGUUCGUUUCUGCCGAAUAAAACUAUGCAGACACUACUCGAUGUGUUUACCAGUUUGCCAUACAAAUUGGUGUGGAAGUGCGACAAAGACCUACCAGUGAAGUCUAAUAAUAUCUUUGUCUUGCCAUGGAUUCCUCAACAAACUAUCCUUGCACACCAAAACAUCAAGCUGUUCGUAUACCAAGGAGGUCUUCAAAGCACCGAAGAAGCUGUACACUUUGCAGUGCCAGUGUUAGGAUUGCCAGUGGUAGCGGAUCAGGACUACCAAGUGCACAGAAUGGAAGCACUUGGUGUUGGGAAGUGGUUAGAAAUGACCACUUUGAAGGCAGAUGAGCUGAAGAGCGUUACUCUAGAGAUGAUAAAUAAUAAAAUGUACAAACAAAACAUGCUAAAACUCAAGAACCUCACCAAGGACAGGCCUUACGAUUUCACGAAACAUCUUGCUUGGUGGACAGAGCGCUUCUCUCUUACUUUUGGAAUCAGCGCGAUACUCUGCAACGAGAAACUUCCAUUCUACCCUUCUACCAUCUUUUUUUCUAAUCGAGUAAUGCUUAACAUGUUCUACUACAUACACAUUACAUACACGAACUAUUGUCAAAUAAGAACAACUGUGAUUAUAACGCGACGUAAUUAUGUACAUAGAAUAUCAACGAUAACAUCCCCAAUUAUCAUGAUACUUGUGCCAACUCAUCGACGACGAUGCCAACCGCAUAAAAUCAUAGAUACCAUUACCACCUUUUUUUCGUUUAGUAUUUCUGCGAUCGGUUAUAGCUACAGUUCGUCUGAAUUCGUUAAUAUGAAGUUUACUACAGUGAAAAUACUCACGAUUCUAUGCGUUCUCUCUGCUAUCGAGUAUAUUCGAUGCGCCAGGAUCCUAGGGGUGAUCCCGACGCCCUCCUACAGUCAUCAAAUCAUGUAUACAAAAUUGUGGCUGGAAUUGGGCAAGCGUGGCCACGAGUUAGUGGUCGUCACCACGAAUCCAAUGUCCGUCUUGAACAUACCGAAUAUAACGCAGAUCGACAUUAGUAGCUCGUACGGCUCUCUAAAAAAUUACAAUUUCAUUCGCAAUCGAUUCGAAAACCUGGACUGGUUGGAGUGGGCGCAGGAAAAACAAGCCGACGUAAUCGAAAUGUUCUCGGAAACUGUGUUUUCCAAUCAACAGGUGAAAGAUCUAUACAAACCCGACAGCAAUCAAACAUUCGACGUGCUUAUAAUGGAGAUGAUGACCAUAUCAGCUAUAUUCGCAUUCGCCCACAGAUUUAAGGCUCCUACGAUAGGAGUGACCUCGAUGACGAUGUCCGUUACCGAGGAGGACACUAUAGGCGGCCUGGUGUUACCUUCGCACGAAUCCACGUGGGAAAGCAAAACGUACACAGGGUUGAACCUGUCGUUCUGGCAAAGACUGUAUAACUUCUACAACGUGUGGCGCCACGUGUACGUCAUCAGUCAUACAGUCACUUCCAGUCAACAGUCGAUCGCGGAAAAGUACUUAGGGUCUGAUAUACCGCAUCUGGUGGACAUAAUGAGAAACAAUAGUCUAUUAUUCGUAAAUCAGGACGAUGUCGUCAUACCUCCGAAAAUGAGACUUCCGCAUAUAAUCACGUACACAUCGACCCACAUCGGUGUAAACCCAACACCACUGCCAAAGGAAUUGACGAGGUUCUUGGAGGACGCAAACGAUGGUUUUAUCUACUUCAAUCUUGGCACCAAUGCACCGUCCUCGUUCAUGCCUCCGGAAACUUUGCAAAUAUUCAUCGACGUGUUCUCCAGGUUGCCAUACAAAGUCGUGUGGAAAAUGGAAAAGAAACUAGAUGGAAUGCCUAACAAUGUAUUCACCGCGUCGUGGUUCUCUCAGCAAUCUGUUCUCGGUCACCCAAAGGUGAAGCUGUUCAUGUACCAAGGAGGCGUACAAAGUAGCCAGGAGGCUGUUCACUUUGCUGUACCGGUAUUAGGAUUACCAGUGAUGGCGGAUCAGGACUUUCAAGUGCACAAGAUGGAAAACCUUGGGGUUGGGAAAUCUUUAGAAUUGGUGACCUUGACCAGAACUGAGUUAGAGAAAGCUAUCCUGGAAAUGGUGACGAACAAAAGGUACAAGGAAAGAAUGCUCGAAGUCAGGAGAAUGGUUCAAGAUGCGCCCUACGAUAUAGGAAAACAUCUUAUUUGGUGGACGGAAUACGUGAUACGUCAUAAAGGUGCUCCUCAUCUUCGUUCCAACUUAGUUUGGCAACCCUGGCAUCAACAAUUCGAUAGGGACAUUGUGAUAUUUUUAACGUUCGUAAUGUGUAUAGCGGCUUCAUUCGCGCUUUUCAUAGCUAACAAAAUUACUGUGUUUAUCUAUAAACAAAGACAAUUGCUAAUUUCGAAACAAAAGCAGAAAACUGGUUAAUCGUUUAUCGAUGCAACGAAAAUUAGCCAAUUAGUUUCGAUUAAGGAACGAGUCUCCCUUAUUUUAAAAUAUGUAAGUAGUUCAAUGUAUUUCAAAUGUAACAUGUUUUUCACUUAGAGUUAAGAUUGCGAGACAAAUAAACAAAACGUCAUCGAUUAAAAUUGAAACAUUUUCUUAUGUGAUAUUAAAUAAAAACGUAUCUAUAC